AUGACCGUUUCGUAUACGUCGGUCUGUGCCAACUCGUCGCUUUGCACUUUCCUUCGCCUGCUGUUUCGAUGGCGUGGCAGUAUCCACAAGAUGAUCCUCAAGGAUUUAUUAAUCUUUCUGGUUUUGUAUUACGCUGUCAAUAUUUUAUACCGCUAUGCGUUGAAUGAAAGCCAGCAGCAAGCCUUCCACAUAAUCGUCGACAAACUGAGUCAAAGUGAUGACUUGAUACCCGUGACCUUCUUGCUCGGCUUUUACGUUUCCCGGGUGCUGACCACCUGGUGGAAGCGGUUCACUUCCAUUCCAUGGCCUGACAGAUUUGCACUGAUGACCUCUUGCUAUAUCCCAGGGCUAGAUUACGAAAGUCGGCUGAUACGUAGGACUCUGGUGCGCUACGUUAACCUGGCCAGCGUGCUUUUACUGCGUGACAUAAGCACGGCGGUAAAGAAGCGCUUUCCUACCAAGGACCAUGUUAAGAAUUCGGGAUUUUUUACUCAGCACGAACUGGAAAUCCAAGAAGCACUGUCAUCAAAAUCAAAAGUGUACCUGUUUUGGCUACCACUGCAGUGGGCUACCAAUCUGGUAAGCCAAGCUUCAACACGAGGUCUUCUUAGCAGUGAACUUUCACAGAGGGUGCUAGAAAUCACAGAUAUACGAAGCCAGUUGGGAUACCUGGCUUACAUGGACUUCGUUUCACCCCCAUUGGUGUAUACACAGGUGGUAACGAUCGCGGUGUACACGUUUUUCAUCAGCUGUUUAUUUUCACGACAAGUCAUCAACAGUGAAAGCAGCAGAGAGUAUUCAAAGUUCCCCCUGUUCACGAUGCUCCAGUUCAUUUGCUACAUGGGAUGGCUGAAAGUGGCCGAAGCGCUCUUCAGUCCAUUAGGGGAAGACGACGAUGAUUUCGAAAUCAACUACAUUAUCGAUCGAAACCUGCAAAUCAGCUAUUCGAUAGUCGAUGACAUACACGGUGUCUUGCCAACAUUGGUACCGGAUAUGUACUACGAAAGUCAAUACGAGCCCUCGUACACGGUGGCUUCAGAAUUUCUAAAACGAAGACCGUUCACGCCGUCGGCUUCAGAGUUCACGUAA